AGUCUCAACAUUGGAAGGUCUUACCAAUGAAGGGAAUACAAGCUGUGUUCAGAGAAAAUGGGAGAGAUGCCAGAUUGAUGAAGUUAAUAUUUCAAAUAUUUUUGGACGCGAGGGAAAUAGUGGAAGCAGUAUUAAAAGGAGGGUCGUUAAAGACAAAAGCCCAAUGGCCCAGCCAAAUGAAUUUGAGAGUAGCAGAAAGAGCGAGAAGGCUAGAUUUAAAAAGAAGUGGCAUAUUGGGCAAGAGGGCACGCAAAAGUUUGAAAACAAACACGCAAGAUAUCGGUCGUCACAAAUCUGACUUGCGCUGGUACCGCAAGAGGAUCGAAGAGUACGGUGAACGACAGUUUACGACAAGAUUAAAAGUGUGUGUUUACGCAACGGAGGUAUCAGACGAAUUUCUGGACCAGCUUGAAAACCGAGUUCGGAAAUUCGAACAACUUGAUGCCUUCCUGCACCUAUCUUCCUCGGCUUAUCUGGAGUACAUUGGCUGCAUGCUGGAUGUCAUUGAUUUGUUAAUUGCCUGUUCUUUAAAAAAUGUCAUGCUUCAAGCACUUUCUGGUAUCUGUCUGUUGACGUACAUGCUAAAUUCUCUUAUGCAUCCUGAAAAUCAGAAGAAAACUGAUCCAAAAAAUUACGUGAAGGAUAAUCGGUGCGUCAAAAACAGACUUUGUUUUCUGCGUGGGGCUUUUUUUGCUUCUGGGCAUGAUGCCUAUUUUGCGCACUCCUUUGAUCUUGGCCGAAUGAAGAUUGCUUUUCCUGCUGUGAAGAUCGUUGAGAACAACCUGCCUGGAAAUGUUCGGGUUUAUCCCAACCUGGAAAAACUGCCUGCUGGUACUCCGGCCGAAAUUGUUGAAGCUGUUAACAACCCCAAUGGUCUUCUACAAGUCUAUAAACGAGUAAAACCACAAGGUUCCAUGUUUGAUUUGGAUACCACUGGUCUUGUUGCAUCCUUUGGUGAUGUGUUUAAUCCAAACACCCAUCCUGUUGACUUGGUGUUCCGCCAGUACCAAGCGUUUAGGUAUGACGUGACGAACCCACUUGCUGUCUCUUCGGCCUUUGAUGCCAAGCAGAUUAUUUCCUAUCAUCGCUUUGGUACUCGUGCUGCCGCCUGGUUCUUGGUUCUGUUUUGGAAGGAGUAUUUCCAAAUUCUUGGUCAAGAUUUCGAAGGCUGUGAUAUCAAGACGCUUAAGAAAGGAUCUCGAAGCCAAAAAAUAAAAAUCGAUCCCCAUGACGUUGCUAGUGAUUACGAGCCGACCGCAUCAGUUUCCUCUAGAAUGCAGUUUUUGUUGCCUUUGGUGGGUAAAGGUAAAGUUGACACCAUUGAUUCGUACGUGAGAGGUCCGGAUAAUGAUCCCAGGUGGCGCUCCUUUGGCUCUCGGGCUUUCUAUCUGGAACUGUUUGCUUCGAAAAAGAUCCCCUACCCAGAGUUGAUCUACUUUCACGCAAAUCUGAUGGUUGGGUGUGCCUACAUGCUCCGGUACGUUCCAACGGCUACCCGUACACACUUUUGUAGAAAGGUCGAUGGUAAGAUUCUUGUACGAAAGUCAACGGCGUAUUAUGUGUUUCCUACGUUGAACGGUCGUGAUGACACGUAUACGUUUUUAUGGCAAUAUGUCAACAUGCCGUCUAUGCGUCUCAAAUCUGUUUCUACAAUAAAGCAGAAAGUAUCUCGUCGUUCUUUGUUGUCGUCUUCUGGCUCGGUAUCUGCUAAGGUCUCACGGCCAAGUUCUUCUGCGGCUCCUCGUGCUCGUGCGGUGGUUUCCUCGUCGGCUUCUUCUUCUGUGUCCGCGGUUAGUGCGGUACGAUCGACUGCCAGUACUUCUUCUGUUUCUGGAGUUGUUACACGGCACUUUUUGUCGUUUUGACUUAAGAUUUUUCAUUUUUUUUUUACUGCUUUUUGAACCUUUUUCUAUAAAAGGUUCCCAAAAAUUCAUAAUAAAAUAAUUAGUUUGUUCUUUACUUUAA